AACGUCGUUAGUUAUGCAAACUUUGACGUGGUUAGUGGUGACAGCGGGUGCUCACUGCUCACCACUCAGCGCAAACUCACCGCGGGGUGAUCUUCGGUGACCGAUUGAUCGUCUCUUACGAGAAAUACUUUACCUCUAGAAUUACCCACCGCCAACUACUAUCACUACUACUAUUUCUGUGACCUCUGACCUCCACCCUCUCCUGCUCUUCAUCCUCUUAGUGGUACAUGCAGCGGGAUCUAGCUGAUCGUUGGGCCCGCGCUCGAUAUCUAGGAUAGCAAACAGUCAGUCGCUCUAUAGGAGGAGAACAUCUUCGACCACUCUUCCUAUAAAUUGAGGCGAAGACAUACAGCGUCAAUUGCCUCAAAGCCCGUCUGAACCCUUUCUUCUAUAUACGACUCGAUUUGUACCUUCGCCAUGCAUAUCUCCGAAAAGCUCGCCGAGUCCAGGGAGGCCGGCAAGACGACUUUUUCCUUCGAGUUUUUCCCUCCUAAAACUGCCCAAGGUGUUCAGAAUCUAUACGAUCGAAUGGACCGCAUGCACGGUCUAGGCCCUUCUUUCAUCGAUGUGACAUGGGGUGCUGGCGGCCGCAAUUCACAACUCACCACAGAAAUGGUCAAUGUGGCGCAGUCGGUCUAUGGCUUGGAAACGUGCAUGCAUCUGACUUGCACUGACAUGGAGCAAUCAAAGCUAGAUGAGGCUCUUGCUGAUGCCUAUAAAGCUGGCUGUACAAACAUAUUGGCACUUCGUGGUGAUCCGCCCCGCGAGAAAGAGAAAUGGGAAGCAGUACAGGGAGGCUUCCGCUAUGCCCGUGACCUUGUCAAGUACAUCAAGCAGAAAUACGGCAAUCAUUUCGAUAUUGGCGUAGCCGGAUACUCUGAGGGUUGUGACGAUAAUGAGGAUAUCGACGAGCUCAUCGAUCAUCUCAAAGAGAAAGUUGAUGCCGGAGGCACCUUCAUCGUCACACAGAUGUUCUAUGACGUAGACAUAUUCAUUGAGUGGAUGAAGAAAGUUCGUGCAAAAGGCAUCACUGUUCCAAUAAUUCCCGGAAUAAUGCCUAUUCAAACUCACGCGGCGUUUCUCCGACGAGCGAAUUGGUCCAGAUGCGUCAUCCCAGAGCAUUGGACCAAGGUCUUGGAGCCGGUAAAGAAUGACGAUGCUGAGGUAAGGAGAAUUGGAACUGGUCUUUUGGCUGAGAUGUGUCGACGUCUGAUCGAGGCUGGCGUUUCUCAUUUGCAUUUUUACACGAUGAAUCUUGCUCAGGCCACGCAGAUGGUCCUUGAAGAACUCAAGCUGAUACCAGAUGUGGGUGAGAAGCCUUUGCCAUGGCGCCAAUCCCUUGGGCUCAACCGUCGCGACGAGAACGUCCGUCCAAUAUUCUGGCGAAAUCGCAAUCACUCGUACAUUGCACGUACUCAGGAAUGGGAUGAGUUCCCAAAUGGUCGAUGGGGCGAUGCGCGAUCACCAGCUUAUGGCGAACUUGACUCGUACGGUAUUGGUCUGAAAGGGACCAACGAGAGCAACAUCAAGUUAUGGGGUCACCCCAGCUCCCUAAGGGAUAUUUCCAACUUGUUCGUCAAGUAUAUGCAAGGAAAAUUGUCAAGUCUGCCCUGGAGCGAAUCUCCCAUCACAGCAGAAGCGGAUUCGAUCAAGGACCACUUGGUGGAGCUAAAUCAACGCGGCAUCAUAACUAUCAACUCUCAGCCAGCAGUCAAUGGUGUAAAAUCAUCAGACCCGGUUUAUGGCUGGGGUCCAAAGAACGGAUAUGUUUACCAGAAAGGCUAUCUGGAGGUUCUCAUAUCACCGGAGCUCAUUGCUGAAGUCAUUACCAGAAUCGAACGCGAUCCCGACAUGACUUACUAUGCAGUCAACAAAACGGGUGAUUUGAAGACCAAUGCGCCAGACGAUAGUGCGAAUGCCGUCACGUGGGGCGCAUUUCCUGGUAAGGAGAUCGUCCAACCUACCAUUGUCGAGACGAUAAGCUUUUUGGCUUGGAAAGAUGAAUUUUACCGCUUGGGCGAAGAUUGGGCUCACUGUUAUGACGCAACAAGCUCAUCGAGAUACCUCAUCCAGGAGGUCGUAGACACUUGGUACCUUGUUAACAUAGUCCAUAACGAUUACCACAUAUCUGAUGGCAUAUUCCCACUUUUUAGUGGUCUUGAAGUCAAAGACCUAGACAAAAAAACUUUCCCUCCGCCGACCAACGGCGACCAUACAAGCAACGGAGUUGAGGGGGUCAAUGGGGUACAGCUAUAAAGCUUUACACCAUACUCAUUCUUUCCUUUAAAGUCUCCCACCUAGUCCCUACUUACCUGUAGCGCUUUUCAUUCAACCAGCAUAAAGCGAGGCGUCGGGGUAAUUUCAACAAUUUUCAACAUUAACGGGCGAUCUGAAAAAACAGCAUCUUUCAACAUGCCCUAAGACACUGAUCAACCUGCUUGUAUCACCACAAAAGCACAAUUUAACAUCCGCAUAGGAGGGCGUCUAAUUCAACAAUGACAGCAUGAGCGACGGUAUGAUGAAGGAUCCCAGCAGAUAGGGGACCCUGUCACCCUGAAGUGACGACAGGCCUUCAACGGUCACUGACUAUUCAGACACGUAUAGUCCCAAAUGAAAGAUAUACAUUCAAUGUCAUAUCAUUCAGUAACUAGUCUUUCUUGUUCGUAUCGUACAUCGUUGCACAUUCCCUUGCCUUCGUUCAGAGUCUAUUUUCAACUGCGCCUUGUGGCU